AUCAGGUGGGCUUGUCAGUCUCCUCCCGCAGAGCCAGCCUUGUCCCCAUAUAAGAGGCCGAGCCUUCACAUCUCCUCCUGUCUCCACCAGCUCAGGGGCUUCAUUGUAUAUCCAGCUUGUCAUCAGCCAUGUCCCUCACCAGUGACCCCGUCUAUCAGAAGCUCAGCAAGUUCUACGAAGCCAACCAUGCCACCCUCAACAUACGGAAGCUGUUUGAAGCUGACAAGGACAGAUUCAGCAAAUUCAGUAAAACCCUGCAGACCGGCAAUGGAGACAUCUUGGUGGACUACUCAAAGAAUCUCAUCACUGAAGAGGUCUUCAAGCUGCUCAUAGAACUUGCCCAAUCAAGAGGCAUCGAGGCAGCCAGGAAGCGCAUGUUCUCUGCCGAGAAGAUUAACUUCACUGAGAACCGCGCUGUGCUUCAUAUCGCUCUGCGCAACCGCUCCAACACUCCCAUCAAUGUGGAUGGUAAGGAUGUCAUGCCAGAAGUCAAUGCGGUCUUGGAGAAGAUGAAGGCGUUCUGCCAGAAAGUGCGCAGUGGAGAUUGGAAGGGCUACACUGGAAAAGCCAUGACCGAUGUGGUGAACGUUGGUAUUGGCGGCUCCGAUCUGGGUCCAUUGAUGGUCACAGAAGCCCUGAAGCCAUAUUCCAAAGGCGGCCCCCGUGUUUGGUUUGUGUCAAACAUUGACGGCACGCACAUGGCCAAAACUCUGGCUGAGCUGAACCCGGAAACCACCCUCUUCAUAGUCGCAUCCAAGACUUUCACCACUCAGGAAACCAUAACCAACGCCGAAACUGCCAAGGAAUGGUUCCUUCAGACCGCCAAAGAUGCAUCCUCAGUGGCCAAGCACUUUGUUGCUCUGUCUACCAAUGCACCAAAAGUGAAGGAUUUUGGAAUAGACACCGCCAACAUGUUUGAAUUCUGGGAUUGGGUCGGAGGCCGCUAUUCUCUCUGGUCUGCAAUUGGUCUGUCCAUCGCCCUUCAUAUCGGUUAUGAUAACUUUGAGAAGCUUUUGGCGGGAGCCCACUGGAUGGACAAUCACUUCUACAAAACUCCUCUGGAAAACAACAUCCCGGUAAUUCUGGCCAUACUGGGAGUCUGGUACGUCAACUUCUAUGGGUGUGAGACCCAGGCCCUGCUCCCCUAUGACCAGUACAUGCACCGCUUUGCAGCCUACUUCCAGCAGGGUGACAUGGAGUCCAAUGGAAAAUACAUCACCAAGUCAGGAGCCCGUGUCAACUACAACACGGGGCCUGUAGUGUGGGGAGAGCCCGGAACCAAUGGCCAACACGCCUUUUAUCAGCUCAUACAUCAAGGAACUCGCAGGAUUCCAUGUGACUUCCUGAUUCCGGUACAGACUCAGCAUCCAAUCAGGAAUGGGCUGCACCACAAGAUCCUUUUGGCCAACUUCCUGGCCCAGACAGAGGCUCUGAUGAAGGGAAAGUCUACAGAAGAAGCCAAAGCGGAACUCCAGGCCUCUGGACUGAGCGGAGAGACUCUGGAGAAGCUUCUUCCACAUAAGGUUUUUGAGGGGAACCGACCAACAAAUUCCAUUGUCUUCAGCAAAUUGGACCCAUUUACUUUGGGAGCUUUAAUUGCCAUGUAUGAACACAAAAUCUUUGUCCAAGGCGUUGUGUGGGAUAUCAACAGCUAUGACCAAUGGGGGGUGGAGCUGGGGAAGCAGCUGGCCAAGCAGAUCGAGCCUGAACUUGAGGGCGAAGCGCCCGUCACCUCUCACGACUCCUCCACGAACGCGCUCAUCAAUUUCAUCAAGAAGCACCGGAAAUGACUCGGAGGCCAUUCUCUGGACGGCCGCACUUCCGAUGCCCCGCUGUCCUCUUCUCGGCUUUAGCAUAAAGGCACUUUUUUUUUCCCCUUCCU